GCGCCGUCUUUACUGCCUUGGAACUUGCUGAACUACAUUACCCAGAAAGCUCUGCGUUGAAGGACAGCGCGUCAGAGCCAAUGAGGGCUCGGAAGGAAGGCAUUUCCGUGUGUGCACCUAACGUAGGGCCGAUACUUCCGGGGUCCUUUAGUAGCGGCCGAGUUGAUCGGCGAUACGUGUGUGUCCAGUGAGUGGCCCCGGUCUGCUAGGUGGGUCCGCGGUGACUGAACCCCGAAGGUGGAGACGAAUCGUCCUCGGUGCCCGGAGGCCGCUCUGCAGUCCUGUGACGGCGCCCACUGCUCCCAGGCCGUGCUUCCCCAAGUAGUCCGAUGGCAGCGGCUGUGCCGAGGCGCCAAACUCAGCAGGACACUGUGACCUUUGAAGAUGUGGCUGUGAACUUUUCCCAGGAAGAAUGGAGUCUUCUUAGUGAGGUUCAGAGGUGCUUGUACCGUGAUGUGAUGCUAGAGAACCUGGCACUUAUAUCCUCCCUGGAUUGUUGGUGUGGAUCAAAAGAUAAGGGGGCACCAUCUAAGCAGAGCAUUUCUGUACAAAGAGAGUCUCAGAACACGACUCCUAGGGCAGCUGUUUCUCCGAAGAAGGCUCACCCCUGUGAAAUGUGUGGCCUCAUCUUGGGACAUGAUUUGCACUUUGCUGACCACCAGGAAACACAUCAGAAGCAGAAGAUGAACAGGAGUGGGGCAUGUGGAAAAAACUUGGAUGACAUUGCAAACCUUCAUCAGCACCAGAAGCAGCAUAUUGGAGAGAAAUUCUGCAGAAAGAGUGUCAGAGAAGCAUCAUUUGUAAAGAAACGUAAGCUCAGGGUGUCACAGGAGCCAUUUGUCUUCCAUGAGUUUGGGGAGAACGUUCUGCCCAGUUCAGGAUUAUGCCAACAAGAAGCCACUUACCCUGUAGAGAACACAGACAGUGAAACUAAGCAUGGCCCACCCUUUCAGGAGGGAAAAACUAAUUCCGGGUGUGGAAAACGCACAAAAGCCUUUAGCACCAAACACUCAGUUAUUCCACACCAGAAACUUUUCACUAGAGAUGGAUGUUAUGUGUGCAGUGAUUGUGGAAAAUCCUUUGGCAGAUAUGUCAGUUUCAGCAAACAUCAGCGAGAUCACACUGAAAAAGGACCUUAUGAGUGUGGAGAGUGUGGGAAAUCUUAUAGUCAAAAGAGCAGCCUCAUUCAACAUCAGCAAGUUCACACUGGAAAGACAGCUUAUCCCUGUGGGGAGUGUGAGAAAUCUUUUAGUCAGAAGGACAGCCUUAACCAUCAGCAUGUUCACACUGGAGAAGGGCCUUAUGAGUGUGGAGAAUGUGGGAAGUCUUUUGGUCAAAAGGGUAAAUUCAUUCAACAUCAGCGAGGUCACACUGGAGAGACAGCUUAUCACUGUGGGGAAUGUGGGAAAUCUUUUCGUCAGAAGUUCUGCUUUAUUAACCAUCAGCGUGUUCACACUGGAGAAAGGCCUUACAAGUGUGGAGAAUGUGGGAAAUCUUUUGGUCAAAAGGGCAACCUCGUUCAACAUCAGCGAGGUCACACUGGAGAAAGGCCUUAUGAGUGCAAGGAGUGUGGAAAAUUGUUUAGGUACAGAUCCCACCUCACUGAACACCAGAGACUUCACACUGGGGAAAGACCUUACAAUUGUAGGGAAUGUGGGAAAUUAUUUAACAGGAAGUAUCAUCUUCUUGUUCAUGAGAGAAUUCACACUGGAGAAAGACCAUAUGAGUGUGAGGUAUGUGGGAAAUUAUUUGGCAGUAAGAACAGCGUGACUAUACAUCAGAGGAUUCACACUGGAGAAAGGCCAUAUGAAUGCAGUGAAUGUGGGAAAUCAUUUCUUUCCAGCUCUGCACUUCAUGUUCAUAAAAGAGUUCAUUCUGGACAAAAGCCUUAUAAGUGCAGUGAAUGUGGAAAAUCCUUUGCUGAAUGUUCCAGUCUCAUUAAACACAGGAGAAUUCACACUGGAGAAAGGCCUUAUGAAUGCACCACAUGUGGAAAAAGAUUUCAGCGAAGCUCAACCCUCCUUCAUCAUCAGAGUUCACACAGGAGGAAGGCCUUGUGAGUGCAGUGAAUGUGGGAAAUCCUUCACUGAAACGUCCAGUCUCUUUAAACACAGGAGAGUUCAUACUGGAGAAAGGCCUUAUGAGUGCUGUCAAUGUGGAAAACUUCAGAAUAUCUGCUCUCCUUGGUCUUAAGAGACUUUGCAUUGAGACCGUCUCUUUCUGUCACCCAGGCUGGAGUGUGGUGGCGCCAUCUUGGCUCGCUGCAAGUUGGGCCUCCUGGGUUCGUGAGAUUCUCCUACUUCAGCCUGAGGAGCUGGGAUUACGGGUACACACCACCACGUGAGGCUAAUUUUUGUAUUUUUAGUGGAGACAGGGUUUUACCAUGUUAGCCAGGCUGGUCUCAAACUCCUGACCUCAAGUGAUCCACCCACCUUAGUCUCCCAAAGUGCUGAGAUUACAGGCAUGAGCCUCUGCACCCGACCUUCAUUCUUUUUGUAUUGCUUGGAAUAUGACAUGCUGAACCAGGCAUGGUGGCUCAUGCUUGUAAACCUGAUGCUUUGGGAGAAUGAGGUGGUUCACUCAAGGCCAGGAGUUAAGAGAUCAGCCUGGGCAACAUAGCCAGACCUUCUCUACAGAAAGAAAAAAGAAUCACAUGCUAUGAAAACUUAACUGUAUAUUAUUUAUCUGUUGAAGUAUAUUUUAGUUGCUUCUUGUUUUUGUCUGUUAUAAAUGCAACUGCUACAUUUGAAUGCAGUUGUUUAUAUAAGUAUCCUUCACUAUGUUAAUACGGUGGUGUGCAGUGCCUGAGUCAAAUGAUAGAUUAAAGUACAACUCUUUUGUGAGACAGACUCGCUGCAUCACCCAGGCUGGAGUUUAGUGGCAUGAUUUUGGCUCACUGCAACCUCUGCCUUCCAAAUUCAAGUGAUUCUCCUGCCUCAGCCUCCCGAGUAGCUGGGAUUACAGGUAUGCACCACCAUGCCUGGAUAAUUUUUUGUAUUUUUAUUAGAGAUUGGUUUCGUCAGGCUGGUUAUGAACUCCUGACCUCAAGUGAUCUGCCUGCCUCGGCUUCUCGGGCGUGAGCUACCACGCUUGGCCUAAUGUACAACUUUUUAAGCAACCCCAAACUAUUAUCUAAGAAUAAAAUUAUUGCUCUUGUUUAUAUAUCUAC